GGUCUGCAAUUGGCUCACAGGAAACCAACCUGCCAGUGGCCGGUAAAAGCCACUAUAUCAGUGUCCAUUCACUGACAACAAUGGAGCUGAAUAACUAAUGGGCUCUGGCCAAGCUGUUGUGUCUUCCUUGCUUUAUUCUCAGAGUAGCUUUGGACAUGACCAGCAGCCUUCCUCGGGCCAAACUCUGGACCAGGAAAUCUAAAAAAUAGCAAUGCUUUAAUUAAAAGGAACACAAAGAUUAGUUUUCUAACCAAAGAAGAAAUAUACCAAGAGGAUAAACACAAUUCCAUUUGGAUUACUUUUUUAUCUUUUUUGAGUGAUCUGAGGUUAACAAGCUUUAACAUUGAGGAGGCCAGAGUUUAGGAAACCAAAAUGAAACCAAGAAUAUUUCUCACCUGCCUGUCAGCUGUCUUCUGUCUGAGUUGCAGCCUGGCCUCGGAGCUGGCGUUUCUGUUGGAGCCCAGUGAUGUGAUCGCAGUGAGGGAUCGUCCAUUAAUGCUCGACUGUCAGGUUCAGGGCGAGGAGCCCAUCAUGGUGACAUGGCGAAAGAAUGGGGCAUCUUUACCUGCCAGCCCACGGGUUCAGGUGUUGGCAAAUGGAACAUUGCAUAUCCAGAGCUUUCAGAAACGCAGAGAGGGCAGCGACGCAGAUACGGGCGAGUACGAAUGCGCUGCCCAAAAUCGAUAUGGCAUGCUGGUCAGCCGCAAAGCCAGAGUCCAGCUGGCAUCUCUUCCAAAGUUCCACACCCACCCAAUGUCUAUGUCUGUGGAUGAGGGCAGCGUCGCUCGUUUUCAGUGUCAGAUCAAUGGAAUCCCUGAGGCCAACAUUACAUGGGAGAGAGACAGAACAGCACUGAACACCACAGAUAACAGAUACACUCUUCUACCAAUGGGUAUUCUGCAGGUGACAGGUGUCAGGCGAGCGGAUGCUGGCAUUUACAGAUGUGUGGCUACCAACCCAGCUAACACUCGCUACAGCCAUGAGGCCGUGCUCAACAUCACCGGUGGAGCACCCCGAACCUACAAGGAGCCAGUCAUCCUGUCUGGACCCCAAAACCUGACGAUUACUGUUCAUCAGACAGCCAUCCUGGAAUGCAUUGCCACAGGAAACCCAAAGCCCAUUGUUUCCUGGAGCAGGCUGGAUGGACGCUCCAUUGGAGUGGAGGGUAUCCAGGUUCUUGGAACAGGAAAUCUGAUGAUUUCAGAUGUUUCCCUGCAGCACUCUGGUGUGUAUGUGUGUGCUGCCAACAGGCCUGGCACCAGAAUGAGACGUACAGCCCUUGGACGACUAGUGGUACAAGCACCUCCCGAGUUCCUGCAGUGGCCACAGUCUGUGUCCAAACCAGCAGGGGGCAGUGCUGUGUUCACCUGCGUGGCCCAGGGCGUUCCUGAGCCUCACCUGAUAUGGCUAAAGAAUGGCAAGGUCCUGACACCUGGACAAAACAUCAAGCUGACCAACAACAACAGCACUCUGGCUCUGACCCGCAUCAGUUCAGAUGAUGAAGCCAUCUACCAGUGCAUCGCAGAGAACAGCGCCGGCACCAACCAGGCCAGUGCUCGCCUGGCUGUGGCCCAUCCCAAAGAUCUGCCCGCAGCACCUGAGGGCCUCGCAGCCAAUGCUCUAUCCACCAGCACUGUGCAGAUCACAUGGAGCCAGCCACCUGUCGAGAUCACUGACAACAUCAUUGGUUAUGUCCUGCACAUCCGCAAAAUAGGAGAGCCUGACAGACUGGAGCUGCAGGAAGCCAUUAGUAAAGGUGCCUUCCAGCAUGAUGUGACCAACCUGGAACCAGCCACCACUUACUCUUUGUACCUGAAGGCCUACUCUCCACUGGGGGCCAGCCAACAGUCACGCACUAUAGUGGCCACAACACAAGGAGGCGUGCCAGCUGCUCCCACCUACUUCACCAAGGUGAUGAACUCCAGCUCCAUGCAGGUCUUGUGGGAGCUCCCUAGUAAAGCAGGCAAGGCAGAGGGCUUCAGGCUGUCGUAUCGCAGGGUCCCUCAUGGUGAAUUCCAGGGGCCCAUCCAGCUGUCCUCUCACACAAAUGCCCACACUAUUUCUAAUCUGGAACACGGAGGAGUGUAUGAAGUCAAGCUGGUGGCCUACAAUGGAAAUGGGGAAAGCGACUGCUCUAAGAAACUGGUGUCACUGGCAGAGGAAGGUGUGGUCGAGCAAAGUACAGGAGACAAUGCUCCAUGUCAGUGCAAGGAUGGAGAGGCCUCCCUGGGCAGCAUAGUCAUUGGCAUCCACAUUGGUACUGCCUGCAUCAUCUUCUGUGUGCUCUUCCUCAUGUUUGGAUAUCGACGCAGUCUGUUUUGCAGUAAAGGGACCCAGGACAGCUGGUCUGUACCGAGGAACAACACAGGACAUACUAGCAACCUGAAAGAUGGCACGAAUCGUGUAAUGGGGGAUUCAGUGCCUCAGGUUGUCUGCCCAGGACAGUGCCAGGUGGUCAUUGAGCAGCACUCAUCAGGUUUGCCUAGCAUGGACAGCUAACACUGGUCAGCCCAUCCAUUCCAUUGCCUUUCCCCCCAUUGCAUGCUAAAAACCCAAGCCCCUAUUAAUGACCAUCUCUUGUGGCCUUUAUUAGGCCAUGCAUAUUGAAGUCCCACACCUUCAUACCUACCUCAAAUCAAAGUGUAUUGCCUUUAUAGCAUGUGUACCUACCAUAUGCAUGUAGAAAGAGCCUUCAACAAAAUGUGCCACUCCAGAUUAAACCAUGUCAUUUUGUCUUUUUGUGUACACCACACGUGCUCAUUUUCCAGUGGGGGUCUGGGCUGUAACCAAAAUGUUGUAUUUUUCAGAUCUUCCCUGGUAAAAUGAUGUGUGGGAAUGUGCACUAAAGGCCCCAAAUGAAACCAAAUAUUGUCUCCUGACUAUGACAUGCCACUUAAUCUGCUGUGGCAGAACUUGCCUUCAGUUUCUCUGCAAUAAGUAAGGGAAGAAUUAUAGCAGCCUUUUUACGCCUUACAGAUCUUUUAUAUAUGAUUGUACAAGCCAUUUAGAAGAACCACAGAAACCAAGCGUUCAUAUUCAGCUCUUAUACACCCUAUAGCUGUGCACGUCCAAAGAAAUCUACCUCUUAGACAAAUGUCUGAGAAAUGUAACUGAGGUUCUACCUCAGUCCAAAGGAACAUCCAAUACCAGUGCCAGUGUGCUGUACCAUGCAGGCUGUCAACCAGAUGAGUCCAUAGAGUGCUCCCAAGGAUGACUACCAUGGAGAACAAAGCUGUGGCAACACCUGAAUUCCACCACCACAAGGUUUAAGCCCUGCUACUACUGCUUCUGAGGGAAUGACAUGAGCCUCAACAACCCUCUGUUCGCAGUCCUAGAAAUAUAUCAAGAUCAGAGAUGUGUGGCUCCUUUUUAUGACUACAGUAUCUGUGACUUUCAAAUGUCCAGUGUCGACUUCCAAAGACUCACUUGUGCAGAGGACAUAGUCAGUUGAAAAACUGGACUGAAGAGUGCGUUGGGCGCUUUUCAGUUUUUCCUAUGACACCUAUCCGAGGAAACAAGUCUGAAUUAAUUCAUUCUUGUUUUACCUGCACAAAGUAGAUGGCAUACUGAACAAAAACCAAAAGACAACUGAUAUUGUGCUGCCAAGUUAACUCUCCAAAUACCAAAUAGGUCACCCUGGGACCUCAACGACACGAGAUGGUGGCAAAAGAGUGAUGCCUGCUGGAAUGUCAGCCUAUCCAAAAAAGUUCUUCUAUGAAAACCAAGCGGAGUGAUACCCAAAGAUAUAAAAAGUGUGAUGGUUUUCUUUCUUUUAAAAUUUUAAUUUGAAUAGAGCUGUUUGAAAGGGGUCGCCUGACUGUAAAGUGCUUUAACUGAACCCAAACCAAAAAGAAUUUAGCUCAUGAUUUGAUUAUGUUUUUUAAAUAAUAUCUUUCAUGUUGUUUUAGUUUGGAAGUCCUUUCAGGUGCACCCCUUCAGUAUUAUUUUGUUGAUCCUAGCAUUUAGCUUUUAAAGAGAAACCAAAUGAAGAUAUCAGAUAUUUUGGAAAACUUUUUUAUGUCAAUACUAUAAGGAGUACUUGCUUUCUUUUAUAAUGUAGAACAACUUUCGCCAAAUAUUUAGCUGUCUUAAGAAAUUACAUAACCAAAUACCUCUACAUUUUAACAUUUGUAUAGUUUACCUUUUUUAUUCCACCAUAAUCAAAGCACAGAAACAUUGUUUGUUCAUGUGUGUGAAUGGCUAACAGUAUAGGAGGACCUUGAGGGCAAAAGCUUUCGGAACAAGUCAGAAUUUUAGAUUCAGAGCACCUCCCUACCAAACUGUCAGUAAACACAUAAGCUAGAUUUCAAUGGUAACCAUAGUGGUAAUAUCUCAUACAACACUAGUGCUCUCUUAACCAUCUAAUGAAACAUCAUACCAAAUGUUGCCUUUAACAACAAAAUUAAUGCCCUUAGGAGUGAAGGCCAUGCUCCAAGUACAGUAUGUAGUGGCAACAUGCUAGAAUUAACCUGCAAAAAUCAACAGUACUAUGUGCUAAUUGUUGUAAAGCAUAUGGAAAAACAAUGUGUUCAUAUUGUUACACACAGUAUAAAAACAUACAUUGUUCAUAGUCUGCAAAUUAUAUGAAACUAAAUGAAAGAGAGCUGGUAAAUGUUGUAUGAGCCAUCAAGAUGUCUUAUAUCUAGUAACAUGUCCAAUAUAUCUUUGACUGGAAAUAAUUGACUGGUUGCAAUUACAAGUACUCAUAUACUGAAUGUUUCUUGAAGCUUUCAUGCUCCUUAACGUUCUGCUUACCCUCUUGUGCCACUGUUUUACACUUAGACUAAAGCUUUUCUCCUCUUUUUGUUUUUACACAACUAAAAGCUGUUGAACCAAUGCAAUACCAAAAAGUGUAACUAUAAUGAAAGACCUAAAACAUUGACGUGUUUAUGUAGUGACAUGUGUGUAGUGCUUUAAACUAGUCUUUUAAAAUAGAAAGCAGUCGCGGCUUCGGUGUUUCUUUUCACUUGGAGUCUUUUGUUCUUCCUGCUGUGCACAGGAAAAGUUGCCAAAAUGAGUGUCUGCUUUUUUUUGAAAGUAUUGUUAUUAGAGCUGAGAAAUUUAAUUAUGAUGAUUUCAAAUGUUUUCCAUUUUUUGACAUUUGUAAGAAUAUGAGAGCUUGUUACUUUGUUGGUCUUCAAGCAGUGAGUUUUCCUGACCUGGAAAAGUAUGACUGGACAUUGUUUUGAAGUCAAACUUGUGCCCUGAAGUGCCAGCAACCAGAGAAAAAAAGUAGUUUAAUAGAAACUGGCUGCUAGUAGCAACAAAUAACAAUUGCUUUAAUGAUGACAAGUGCUUUUCCAAACACAACUGCAAACAUAAAGCUUUAACUCGUGACUGAGGUCCUGGCCUUGGUCUUAGGACAAAAUAAAGGUGCUUGGAGAAGUGACUAGAGAAAGGCUGCAGCUGGAGUCAGAGAUCAAGCUGGCACAUUUUAUUUUAUAUAACUUGUAUACCUGCUAGUAUACAGAAGUGUACUAGUAGUGUUUUGGGGGGUUUAUGUAAUCUGAUUCAUUGAUGUCAUUAUUUAUUUACCAUGACAGGACUUGACAGUAGCUCUUGAAGUAAUGAAGGUACAUAUACAGCAAAAACUGCACUUACAAUUGAUAAAAACUGAAAUGUACUGUGUAUUUGUGUUGUGUUGUCAUAACACUAAGGUUUUUAAGCCACUCUUCUUACCCACUUGGUCAACUACAUAUACAUUAAAUAUAUAUUAUCUAAACAGAUUAUAUUAAUAUUUAAUUAUACUGGGCUAA